AUGCGUGGCAUGAAUGAGAGAGGCGAGAGCGGCCGCCGCCGCCGCCGCCGCCGCGACGGGACGUCUAGGCGGUGUUCAGCAGGUGUCUCCGCCCCACCACCCCCAGCCGGGCCCGGGUCCCGGCUUCACUGCCGGAUCGGCACCAGCGGGCCGGGACCCUCGCCCCCUGCCCACACAGGCCCCGUCCCCCCGGGCCAUGGGGCGUCCCCGGCCUCUACCGGUCCCGGGGCCCGGCUCCGCUGUCGGAUCGGCACUAGCGGGCCGGGACCUCCGCCCCCUGCCCACACAGGCCUCGUCCUCCCGGGCCAUGGGGCGUCCCCCGCCUCUACCGGUCCCGGGCCCCGACCCCGCUGUCGGCCCAAAAACAGUGUCACAGGGCCGCCGCCCUCUGACCACACAGGCCCCGUCUCCCCGGGUCACGGGACGGCCCCUGCCCCUACCGGUCCCGGGGCGCGGCUCUGCUGUCGGACCGGCACCCGCGGUCGUCCACGGCCGCCUCCCCUUGCCCAUAAACACCCCGACACCGCCGGCCGCGGGACGCCUCCCGCCCUCACCACUCCCGGGGCCCGGCUCCGCUGUUCGACCGACACCAGCGGGGGGCCGGGACCGUCGCGCCCUGGGCCGCCUCCUGCGCCCCCCCUCGCCCCCCCACACCCCGACACCGCCGGCCGUGGGGCGCCCCCCGCUCUCACCAGUCCCGGGGCCCGUCCCUGGGCCCGGCUCCGCUGUCGGACCCGUCCCGUAAACCCAGGACGCCCGCUUCCUGUCCACAUUCACCCAGAGCCCACAGGCCACGGUGCGGCCCCUGUCUCUACCAGUCCCUGGACCCGGCUCCGCUGUGGGACCGGCCCCAUAGGCCCAGGACCCCCACCCCAGGCCCCCGGCGGCAAUGGUACGGCCCCUGCCCCUAUCAGUGCCGGGACCCGGCUCCGCUGUGGGACCGGCCCCAUAGGCCCAGGACCCCCAACCCCGGCCCCCAGAGGCCAUGGUGCGGCCCCUGCCCCUACCAGUCCCGGGACCCGGCUCCGCUGUCGGACCGGUCUCAUAGGCCCGGGACCACUGCCGCCUACCCUCACUCUCCCUGCCGUCCCCACAGACCAUGGUGCGGCCCCUGCCAGUCCCGGGGCGCGGCUCCGCUGUGGGACCGGCCCCAUAGGCCCGGAACCCCUGCCGCCUACCCUCACUCUCCCUGCCGUCCGCACAGACCAUGGUGCGGCCCCUGCCAGUCCCGGGGCGCGGCUCCGCUAUGGGACCGGCUCCAUAGGCCCAGGACCCCUGCCGCCUAUCCUCACUCACCCUGCCGCCCCCACAGAUCAUAGGGCGCCCUGUGCCCCCACGGGCCAUGGUGCGGCCCCUACCCCUGCCAGUCCCGGGACCCGGCUCCGCUGUCGGACCGGUCUCAUAGGCCCAGGACCCAUGCCGCCUAUCCUCACUCACCCUGCCGCCCCCACAGACCAUAGGGCGCCCCGUGCCUCCACGGGUCAUGGCCCGGGACCCCCGUCCCCUGCCCCCACCAGCCCCGGCUCCCGGCUCCGCUGUGGGAUCCGUCCCAUAGGGCCGGGACCCCCGCCCCGUGCCCCCACUGGCCACGAUGCGGCCCCUGCCCCCACUGGUCCUGGGGCCCGGCUCCGCCGUCGGAGCGGCACCGGCGCUCCAGGACCUCCGCUCCCUGCCUACACCCAUCCCACCACCGCCGGUCGCGGCGGGCCCCCCGAGCUGACCAGUUCCGGGGCGCCGCUCCGCUGUCGGACCUGUACCAUCGUUCCAGGACCUCCAGCCCCUGCUCUCACCGCCACCGUAGGCCAUGGCUAG